AUGGGUUCCUCGCAAAGACGCGACACGUCGGCCUACAUUCGCACCAAGACGGGGUGUCUGACCUGCCGGGUCCGAAAGAAGAAGUGUGACGAGAUCCGACCAAUCUGCGCUGGCUGCGCUCGCAACUUCAUCGACUGCCAAUGGCCAGUCCCACCGGACCCGGACAAGGGCUCUAAGAGGGCAAAGUCGAAAUCGGGGCUCGUGAGGUGCAAGGGGAGGCAAGCUGCGCAAACGAGCACGAGGACCAGUGCAGGGACACAAGAUGUUGCGAGUCAAGCAGGGGAAAUCACGUUUGUCUUUGAUAGACAUCCACCAAAGUCGCCAGCACACAAGCCUUCGCCUUGUGCAACUGUCGUCGUUGACGUCGAACGGCAGGACGAUUACGGGGACGAGAGGCCCGACUCCAUCAUCUGCUGGCAACCGGUGACAGCGUCCUUUCUCAGCUCCAAGCGAGCUCUUCUGCUCAACCCCAGCUCCCUUCUGUUGCUCCAACACUAUCUGGAAGCCACAUCUACUUUCCUGGUGGCAAAGCCCCUCUCGAACAAUCCCUUCAUCACAGUCGUCCUGCCAUUGGCAUAUUCGGAUGAUCUUCUCAUGCAUGCUGUGUUGGUCUUGAGCGGUACCCAUCUCAGUUACAAGAGGCGCGACGACUUGAAGAUCCAACUGGCGACUCAUCAGCAUUAUUCGUUGGUUCUGCGAAACCUGCGGUCCUUGUUUGCAGACGAAUCUUCUCAUGACGACGUUCGCAGAGCACUACGCCUGCUACUGGUAUUGGUUGUGCUAUGUCAUGUUGAGGCCAUCUCUGGUGAACCACAUGGUGGUAUCUUCCCACACCUGCGAGCAAGCCGUGAACUUGUCCUCAAGCUCCUGCAAGAGCCCCAACGAACACUGCACGACGACACCAAGUUGGUCAAAGGAUUUGCACUGGAGGUAUACUUUUACCUGGUCUUGGUAAACAGCAUCACGCCCUACGGGCGCGACAAAGCCCGUGUGCUCCCGGUCGACACGUUAUGCUCUUCGCUGGACUUUCUCAAGGAGUACGAGACCUAUGGAGUGUUCUUCAGCUGUGGACACGGUCUCUUCGAGUUGAUCUCUCAAGUCUCGAUUCUGGCGACGGAGAGACUGACAGACGAAGAAUCAGGCGUGAACAGCCCAGACACCCAAGUUGAGAAGGACCGCCUGGUCGACACAAUCACCCGAUGGGAGUCACCUCCGGUGGCGCCCGAGAUGGCGGAGUGGCAAGCGGAACAUGUGUGGACUGGAGAGAUCUACCGGCACGCGCUCUUGAUCUUCAUCGAGGCAUCCAUGUGUGGUUCGGUCGUCAGCAACCCCAAGGUCAUUGUUUCGAUCCAGCGGCACAUUGACAAGGCACUCCCUCUGAUUGUGCCCGUGGCAAAGUCUCCGUUCAACACCAUAUUGCUCUGGCCGACCAUGAUCAUCGGGUCUUGCCUGAUCUGCCAAGGUCAGCGCAGAGACUACAUCCGCUUGCUGCGGACGAAACCCACGAUCGACAUCUCGCAGGUGAAUGAGGCAGCAAACCUCCUGGAGUAUCUGUGGGAGGACGAAGAUGAGCGGGCUUAUGGACCUUUCGGUCUGCACUUUGUGAUGGAAAAGCGUCGCAUCAAUUUCAGCAUGGCAUGA